AUGCCUUUCGGAAUUAUCAAUACUGAAUUGAAGGAUGGCGGGCAAAUACCUGGUACAGAAAUGCUCAUUGGUGGUAGCCAGAGGGGUGUAGAAUCGGAAGUUGACGACGUUCACUUGAAACGCCUCUGGCCACGAUGGCAAAAAGAGGCGGCGUUUUAUGUCAUCUUCGUCAACGCGAUCGUCUUCGCCAUCCUGCCCGGUCCUAUUAUUGCGCCAGCGACCUUCGCGCUCGCGCCGAUCCUGAGCGUGACAUUGACGCAGGUCGCUGAACUAUCUGGCUACCAGCUCCUACUCGUCGCCGCUCUAGGUCCAUUGGUAUCAGUUCUUGCCCAGAAGUACGGCAAACGCCCCCAGUUUCUGUUCGCGUCCGCCGCUGGGACGCUGGGGACCAUCGUCUGCAUCAUCGGCUCCCAGCAAAACAAUUACCACACCCUCCUCGCAGGCCGCAUGGUCCAGGGCCUCGGAGUGACAGCCUGGGAAAGCCUCUCCCUGGCUGCCGUCGGGGACAUGUUCUACUUGCAUGAACGUGGAUGGCGCACGGCGCUGAUUGUGUGUUCACUGGCCUGCAUGGCAUCGAUGGUGUCCAUCAUUAGUGGAGUCAUGUUCCAGAACCACGGAUAUCAGAACCUCUUCGUGGCAGAGCUGCCGUUCGACAUCGUCGGGCUCCUGGCAACGGUCUUCUUGCUCCCGGAAACGCAGUUCUUGCGGGCGGCUACCCGGCCCACCGAUACGGCGCAAUCUCAAACCAGCGCCAAAGAAGCCGAGAAGAGCUGGGAUCACCAGGCUGAAACCGUCAAUUCACCAAGUCCAGCCCAGCAAGUACCAAGAAAAUCAUAUGUGCAGACCAUCGCACCGUGGGCGCACACGACCUACACGACCAAAUCCAUUCCGCACCUCCUCUCAGAGAUCUUCAUUCACCUGAUCAACCCAGCUGUGUUCUGGAUCUUGAUGGUCAGCGCCGUGCUGGUCGCAUUCUUCGUCGUGUCAGCCUACAUCCUCUCCCAGAUCUGGUCCGUCCCGCCGUACAACCUCAAUGUUGCGCAGAACGGAUAUUUCUGGGCUGGUGCCUUUGUCGGCGGAAUUUUGGCCGUCUCUGUGGGGCCGAUUUGCGACUGGUCGGCCAGGACGCUCGCGCGGAUGAACAAUGGCGUGUACGAGGCCGAGUUCCGCAUCCCGGUCAACAUACUCGGCGCGCUGUUCUGUGGCUUGGGGUGGUUCUUAUUCAUGUGGGUCGUCGAUCACCCGCGCCCGGACGGGUAUCUCCUGGGUGCGUUUUGUCACGGGUGCGCUUGCUUUGGGAUUUCUGUUCCAUCCACUUCGGCUGGGUUGUAUAUCCUUGACUCCUUCCCGAGACAAUCGACGGAGGUAUUCGUGCUGCAGAUGAUGCUGAAGAACUUCCUGUUCUACGCGUUCUCAACAUUCAUCAACACCUGGGCUGCGGAGGCUGGGGGUGGAGAGGUGUUCAAGGUCUUUGGCAUUGUCUCGCUUGUCCUCAUUGCCCUCUGUAUACCGAUGUAUGUCUUCGGCAAAAUCAACCGGAAGUUGAUGUACCAUUUGUACUCCCGCAGCACCAUCUUAAAGUCUCUCGGAUGA